GGCUUCGAAGAUGUCAUGGACGAUGAGUCCAUGCUCUUCAUGAAAGAAAAGUGAGACGUAUUUGUCAGCCUCAUCUUCACCAUUCUCACUCAACAAAGGACGGGUUUGACAGACGAGGAAGUGAUCCUCUCGCUCAUCCCAAGCAUGGGACACAAUCCCUCGGCCUUUGACUUGGCUUCUCAAGGCCAGGGCGGAAGGUUGACUGUUCUCGUUUCGGUUAUCAAUUGAGCCAUUCAAAAUCACCGAUCCCCUGUCAAACGAAGAGGCCGAAUUUGGAGGGACACUAAUGUCAUCCGCAUCGUUCUGACCGGAGUUGAAAUUGUAGUGUCGAACAGAAUUACCCUCGAUGUCAAAGACGAACAACUUGGAAUCAGUCGAGCGUUGAUUAUUGGCGCUAAACACGCUCAAAUAAGCGCCUGAGGAGCUCAGUUUGAUUUCGUUGAUAUGGGUGAAAUCGCUAAUCUUCUCCCGCAGUUGUAUGGGAUGGGCAUGGAGCCGAGCCUCACGUUUGCUGAGAUCCCAGAUUUUGACCACUGCAUUGAUGGUGCCAGCUAAAAGAUUUUUGCCGGACACACUUAUGGUGGUGGCCGUGCCCUCUUCCUCCGUCAUGAUGAGCGUUUGCUUGAUCGUUCCUUGAAAACUUCGGACAAAAACUCGAUCCGUUUCUAAGGUAUGCGCUUCCUCCACUUUGGGAAGAUACGUGAUCGCCACUCGAGACCUGAAGCCAGGAGAACUGGUUUUGUCCGAGUGUCCCACCGUCAUGGCCCCUAUGGCUUUCACCAUCCCCAUUUGUUUAAGUUGUUACAAAUCGGUGGAUGGAUCGAAAAGAUGUCCCAAGUGCGGUUGGGCAUUAUGCAGUGAAGGAUGCAUGGAUUCCGCGUCCCAUGUGCCCGAAUGUUCGUUCACCCAAGCACGUGGCAAGCCUAUUCCAGCAGAUGUGGCCCAUUCGAAACGUCCCCAUCCUCUCUAUGAAAUAGUGGCUCUUCUACGAUGUCUAUACCAUAAGCAAUCCAAUCAACCUUUAUAUGAUAAAUUGCUUCAAUUGGAGUCCCAUACUCAAGAACGGCUGCGGAGUGGAAGAUUGGAAAAGGACAAGGUGCUCCUUAAGAUGGUCCGACAAUUCUUCAAGAUCGACGUCGAAGCCUAUGGUGACCAUGAGAUCCUCGACUUGUUAGGCAUUCUCUUUGUGAACACGCACGAAGUGCCAGUCACUGCUGUUCCUGUCCAAGCACUCUAUUUGAAUGGGUCCCUGAUUGAGCACAACUGCACGAGCAAUGCUAGUAAGCACUUCGAUAAGAAUGGCACCCUUCAGAUCCGUGCUGCCAUCCACAUUCGAAAAGGCGAUCAUAUUGCCAUCAUGUAUUCGGAUCCAAUGUGGGGCACCGUCAACCGUCAACAGCAUUUAUUUGAAACCAAAUUCUUCCAAUGUCGGUGUUCCCGAUGCUUGGACCCGUUCGAGUUGGGUACAAAUUUCUCGUCACUCCGUUGUCCAAACUGUCCGGCUCAAAGCCAAGGUUUUCUGGUGGCUCAGGAUCCCAUGAAUAGCUUGGCCCCCUGGCAUUGUGCCCAAUGCGGCAACCAGGAACCAGCGGAUUAUGUCAAUGCCGUCAUUCGAUCGAUCGGAGAGGAGCUUGUCCAACUGGAGAAGGACAAUCCCGAAGCGUGUUUGAUGUUCAUCAAGAAGCACUCUCAAAAUCUACACCGAAACCAUUUCUACUUAAUGGAUGUCAAGCUAGCGCUCAGUCAAAUGAUUGGCAAGACUUCGUCAAUGUCUGUCUCCUCAAGCGCUGGCGAAGGAGCAUCAAACCAACCAACUGGAGCGGGAGAACCAUCCAAAAUAUCGCCAGAUUUAAAUGAAAAGGAUCUAAUAAUCAAGCAAAAGCUUUGCAUGGAGUUAAUCGAAAUUGCCAAUACAAUCAGUCCAGGAAUCUCUAGAUUACGUGGGGUCAUUCUUUACGAAUUGCAAGCAACCCUAUCGUCCUAUGCCAGGAAAAAAUUCACCAAAGGCGAAAUUACGCCCGAGCAUCUGAAAAAUAUUAUGCAGGAAGUUCGAAACUAUUUAAAGGAGUGCAUCCAAAUCUUCAGCUAUGAGCCCACUUGCAUUCAAGAAGGCCGUUUGGCAGCUGUGGCUCGGUUAGAUUUGAUCGAAGUAGACACCUAUGUGGAUAGCCUGGAACCCAAUCCAAAAUCAUCGCGAAAUAUGGCCACUACUUCUACUCCUUCUGCUUUGCCCGCGCCCUCAAAUCAUUCUCCAACCACCAACAACAAUCACAACAACAGCAAUCAUUCUAGUCACAACAACAACAAUUUCGGUCAAUCUAAGCCCUCUCUAUAAUGAUUCUACUUUGCCGUUCAUUGAAAUUCAAAAACAAUCGUAUUUUGAUCUUUUUGUACAAUAAGUUGUUGAAACAACAAAAAAAUGGUUUGCCAAGUGAAAAAGAAAAUCCAGAAAGACAAACCUUUAUGACCAUCA